AUGCCAAAAACUGACCAAUAUUCUCAUGGAGGAGGCGGAGGAGAAUUUGAUGAUGAACCACCACUACUGGAAGACAUUAUCAGUAUUAAAUCCCAAAGAAGAUCCCGAUCCGAAUUUGUCAACGAUACUGAUAUGGCCGGGCCACUUGUUUUUUGUUUAGCAUUUGGAGCUUUUCUUUUACUGUCUGGCAAAGUGCAUUUUUCCUACAUUUAUGGUAUCGGUGGAAUUGGUUGUUUGGGUAUGUACAGCCUUCUUAAUCUAAUGUCUCAACGUGGAGCAACUCUGAUGGGUGUGGCAUCAGUUUUGGGAUAUUGCCUUUUGCCAAUGGUGCUUCUGUCAGGAGUUAAUGUCAUUGCUAGUCUCCA